UACAUGACCGUAACAUAUCAAAUCAAAAUUUGUUUAUCUUUGAAUUAGUUUUAAAUUGUAAACAAGGAGUAUAACAUUGUGAACUGUGUCAAUAACGGCUGCUAAUUGUGAGCUUUAAUGGUCUCACUUUAAACAUAAAAUUUAGAACUAUUCCGGCGUUUGAAAUUAGUGUUUGGUAAAUGCUUCGUGGUAUUUCCGUGUCCAUAUGUAAUUAAACAAUUAUUAUAAAACGUAGUUCGGUUUAACACUUGUGUAUAUUUAAGUUGUUUACAACACAAUGGCAGAUACAACAUUUUCUAAGUAGUUUCAUUAUGUUUAGUGUUUAUCGUUUAAGCAGUGCCAUUAGGCAUAUUUCUUUUAAGGAAUGGUACUUCCUUCCAAGAGUCGUGACCCAAGAUUGGAUGUUAAAAAUGAGAAGUAUUCAAACAGGAAAAGUACUGGCCACAGUUCUCAGACCAGAAAACCAUUGAAGAACAAGAAAAUAUAUCUUGACGUGAAGAACCAUUCCGUGUCAUCAAAGUUAGAAGGGAGCUUAAAGUCCUUGGGAGCUACGAUCGAGGUGUUCCUGGUGAAGGAGGUGAACCUGGUGGUGACUGACCGGCCCGGCCGGGGCAGCGGCUCGCCCUCGCCGUCCCUGCUCACGCCCUCGGGGGCACGCUCAGAGUCGCCCGCCACCCCCGAGCCCCUCCCGGCCGGGGAGCAGGGCCCCAGGGGCGCCCGGUCUCGGGCCGAGGCGAUGCUGGAGAGGGCCCGGCUGCAGCCCAGGCAGAUCUCCUUCGACCCGCUCGACAACGCUCUGCUCUGGGGCAUCGCCGUCUGGCCGCUGGAGAAGGUUUUGAAGUGGCUGGAUAAAAUUAACGAUUCUGAUAAAACUCAUUCCCAAGACAGCAGACUUUUGGAAAAGCCUUUUAUUAAACUUGAAACUUCUCACAGACAUUGCCCCUCGUACAAGGAGUUCUCAGCCUGGCCGGCCAUUGCGCUGGACUUUGACGCCGGCGACUGCCCGUUCAGCGUCGCGAGGCACGGCUCCGGGAGGAACGCGGCCCAGCCCGAUGGGGACACGGAGAAGGCCGACGCCGCUUGCAGGGAAACCGAUGGCUUGUCCGGAAGCUCUAGGAUGACCAGGAAAGCCCGCACUAAACUGCACCAAGAUGUGUGUUCUGUCCGUCUCCCUGGCUACUGCGAGGUCUGUCAAGUCAAGUAUUCCGACCAGAAAGCUCACGUGCAGAGCAAGAGUCACUUGCAAUUCGUUAACAACGACCGCAAUUUUGUGUCCCUUGACUUUCUCAUCAAGCAGCGGUCCAGCAUGGAUGCUUUCCUCCAGUUGAACGGUGCAAGUGAACUGACCCAGUGCUCGAUGCUCUGCAACCCCCGCCGCUCCCUGCGCAGCGUGCUGAAACUCACCCCUCUGGACGGCCCGCCGCCGCCCCUGCCCAACGGCCAGCAUGCCACGAGAGCCGCCUCCGCCCUUAACAUGAGGCAGACCCUGGAGGAGCGCCAUCUGUCCAAGGUCACGCAGCAUGAGCCUUUGGAGAUCUUAUGCAAUGGUAUGGUAAAUCACAACUAUGAAACCCGCCAUGGCAGCAAAGUUCCGGCCCCAGUCCGCCAGAAUUUUUGGGAUGAACGUGGGAAACCGCGUCGAGCCAGAACGACCUCGGCAUCUUUCUGCAACUUCAACGAAGAGGAGCCGCUUCAGUUGUCCCCCACAGGUAGUGACUCCGGACAUCACUUACGGUCCCGUGGGCAAGUGUCUACCCCCAAGCCCGUGCCUGCAGACGAUGAAAGAGUACUUCGGAACUGUGACGCGCAGUCUCCACCUCCCCAGUGUGUCAAGCAUCAGGCGGACCAGCUCAACUCGGCGAGUAAUGAUUUGAAAAACAAAGAAACACUAAAACCAUGCCGCGGAAACAGUGAAAUCAUCAGGAAGAAACGACCUUCGGCUGAAGAAAAAUUGAUCGAAGACAAUAAGGCGUAUUAUAAACUGGAACUCAAAAAUAGUAAGCUCAGGUCAAGCAGGUAUUUCAUUCCUCAGCGUGCGAGUGAAGCCGACCUCACAAAAACUGAUGCGUGUGAAAAAACUAAUGUUUGUUUCUCGAAUACGAAUGGAGAAGAAACUGGUGAGGAUUGUGCGGAUGUAAAGGUGAUGGAAGACACUGUUGUGAAAGCAAGGAGGAAGCAUAGAAGAACAGAAUUGUCUGUGCUCAGCGAUGAAGCGGAAAAUUUCAUGUUCGGAGAGCCGUCGAGGCACGACAGUUCGUACGAAUCUACGGAGGAAGAACUGGAGUCUUCCCUGGUCAAGGUGUAUCAUGCAGACGCACAAAGUGCUGAUGUAAACAACAUCAAGGUAAAAAAGGAUGCGGAAUGCGGCAUUGCCGUGAAACAGGACGAGAGCAAUAGCUGUCUCACGCCGUUGCAGUGCGACGAGAGUUCCUUAGGUUCUGUGGCAAGUAGUUGUGAUACCGGUUCCACCAGAAGAAAGAGACGCACCCACGCGGAAGCUUUCAUUCACGAUAAUUUAGAUUACUACAAGUUUGAAAUCCCAGGUUCUCGUUUAAGGUACCAAGGUUCCAACAGUCCUCACACUCCAGCAUGCAAGAACUUGAGAGAAAGUAAGUUGGUGGACACAAACGAAGUCAGUGUCCAAGUGUCGUUGUCUCCCGACGGUGAUGAUGUUGUUCAGGAAGAGAAACCCGAGGUCGGUGCGUGCGUGGAGGUUGUCGAUGGUGCGAAGGACGCGAAGGAGAGGGGGCAGAAGCGCGCAGCGGAAACGAAACGGUCGAGCAGUUACGGCUCGGCGCUCGAGGGGCUCCAGUACUCGUUCGAGCAGGUUCCGGAGAGAGAGCCGUGGUACCAGACCUACAAGAGGCAAGACGAGGGCGAGGAGGUGUACUUCGCCCAGGGCGAGUCCGUCAGGUGGAGGACGUUCCUCCUGCCGUACGAGAUGUCCCCGUCGGAAGUGCCGGGACCGAGCGUCGAGCAGUCUGCGGUCGGGGAGGGCGGAGGGGCGUCCAAGUACAGGAGGAAGCGACGCAACAAGUACGCCCACCUGGAGAGCAAGCCUCGCAAGUCGCCCCGAUGCCACGCGUCCACCCUGGCGAUCCUGUCGAGUCUGCGGCACUACAGGAGGCGCCGGGAGGUGGAGAAGCUGGACUCAGCGGGCGCGCAGGAGUGCAGUUCCGGCACCGUGGAUGAGUCCAGCCAGGACGUGCAGGCGGCGUGCGAGCCCGAGCCGCCGGAACCUUUCCAGGAGAUAGAGAGGAACUUCGAGAAACUGUUGCUGGACCAGGACGGCCUGUGCAUCGACUUGCUGGAGCCGGACUGCGAGAUUGGCACGGCGGGCGAGAGCGGCGGCGCGCCGGCGAGGCUCUCCGCCACGGAGAGGAGACGCAGCGGCCACUCCUGCAGGAGGAAGUCCGCCCAGAGCUCGCGGAAGAUGAACGGCAGCAAGGAGGCGAGCGAAAUAGAACCGGUCAUCCUGGAGGGGCUGAGGCAGUCGCGAAACGAUCAGCUGGCGAGCGCGGUGUGCCUGCCGAAACCGGGGAACGGGCCGGACUCCGACGUCCUGGAGCUGCUGGAGUCGGCGUCGACCUGCCGGGGCUUCGAGAGGGGCGCGUUCAGUUGCAGGGACUGUGCCCUUUCCAAGUGCGAGGCGAUGCUGUCCCUGUCGGAGAUGUCUUGCAACAGCUCCGAGUGCAGCGUGGCGUCCACCUGCGACUCGUCGCACUUGUUCCACGUCCUGGGGAAAAAUUACAAGUCUUGCACGAAGAAGAGGAAAAGGAAAAAAAAUUUGACAGGCUGGCCAAUGGAGAGGUAUAAGAAGAAAGGUGCAAAAAAGAUUGCGGAAGAAGAAAAUUGCAAGUGUGAUGCGGUCGAGUGUGAUUUCAAUGUUGCAAACAAAACAGACGAAGGACCAGGUAACGCUGAUGUGCAUAUUCAAGACAUUGUGAACAAUGUGGAAGUGACUGCGUGCGAUGUGACGGUGGCCGUGGACGGUGUUAAGGAGACCGCGGGCAAUGUGGAAGGGACUGCGGAAAAUGCGAAAGUGUCUUCGGAAAACGUGACAGUGUCUUCGGAAAAUGUGGGAGUGACUCUGGACGUUGCGAAAGGGACUGCAGCGUGUGCGGUUGGAACUGCGGUCUGUGCGGACAGGACUUCAGAGAGCGUGGACAGGGUUGCAGACGACGUUGGAAAGAGUGACGGCGCGGAGUCGGAGAGCGUGCAUGCGAGCAACUGCGUGGAGGCGGCUGCUGUCGUCCCGGACGCGAGCGCUGAAACCGCGGAGCGGGGGUCGCCCGGGACGAGCGACGCGGGGACUGUGGGGUGCGGGGAGCCGGGGGGUGGUCGCAGGGACGCCGAGGGGGAAGGGGCGGCGAGGCCGGCCAGGCUAGGCCCGGCGCGGACGGUGAGUCUGGAGGCGAGCAGGCGGAGCUGCGAGUACCAGCCGUGCGUGCGCGUGCUGAAGAUGGCGAACCUGGCGGACAUGCUGACACUCUCGCAGGGCGCGGGCGGCGGGCGGCGGCUGCGCAGUGCCUCCUCCCCCUCGCCCUCCCCCCGUAGGAGCCAGGAGGGCGCGGACGCUCAGCCCCGCCGGGCGUCCCCCCGCAAGAAGGUGGCCAAGGCCCUGUGGGACGCCGCGCCCGGCCGGCGCCGGUGAUGCUCCCGGUAGACGCGAUUACCCAUUGUGUUCAAUUAUUAUUUAACGUAUUUAAUUUAUGUACAUAACAAUGAAGUGAUGAGUACGCAAACAGAUGAACUGCAUAAAUUUUAUAAACUGCGUAAAAAAUUUAAUACCAUUUUGUAUUGUAUACUUCAUUUUUUUUGUAGAAUUGUGGGUUUAAAUUUACAGUGAAACUUCUGCUUUGUACUUAUUAGGUUUAUGUCCUUAAGAGGGAUGUGGUUUUUGAGGUUAAAUGUUUCGCAAAAGUUAGAUGUGUAAAGUAAUUUGAAUUUCUUAGAAAAAAAUGUGCGUUUUGUAAUUUGAUGCUGCUGUUUGUGUAGCAGUUAUGGUACCUGAGUUAAAGCUUGCUUAUCAUGUUAACGUAAUACAUUUGCAGAUGUUAAUUAUAGGUAAUUUUCAUUACACCACACCCUCGUUGGUUUCUUGCUAUUUAAGUAAUACAUAUUUAAAUAUAUAACCUUUCUUAUUUAAAUGUGAGUUGCGACAGUAUUUGUUAUGUUAUCUUAGAUACAUAUUCAGGAGCUUUGAAUGCAUACAAUCCAAAAGUGGCCAAAAGUUGAGAAGAAUGAUUGUGACUUUGGGGUGAAAUUGAGCUUUUUGCUACUCACAAAGUCUGCCUUAUUACGACACUUGAUAACUCUUUAGUAACAAGCCCAUUGAGGCAUGUGAUUUUAAUAUUGAAGGUGGUUCCUAUGAGCUGGUUCUGCAAAACAACAAAUUUUGUACUAAAGAUAAAUUUGAAAGUAGUUUAAUAUUUGCAAAAUACACUCUUUGAAGGGGGAAAAAGGUGCUAAAACUUAAGCUGUCUCUCAAUUAUAUGAUUAUCUUGCUACACAAUACCAAAAAAUCACAUCCUUCACGAUCAUUUUCACUGUCUGUAAAAUAUAUGUACAUAUUCUAAUUUAAAUUUUUUGUCUUUCCUUUGAUCUCCUGUUUUAUUUUUUGUAUAAACUGAGAAAUCUUAAUGUUCGUAAAUCUGUCAUGGGACUUUUUUUUUUCUUUCCAUUUUCCAAUCUUGAUGGCAAUUGUUACAUGUGUUUUCUUAAUUUUCACAUAAAUAAUUCUUCCCAUGAAUAAAAUGUACAAAAAAUUAUAAAUUAUGGCCUUUUCGAAAGUGUAUGUAAAACCUUUAUUUUUGGAAGAAGAAGAAGGUUUUUAUGUACUUUAUAACUUUUGAGUUUAAUUUCUUGUUACGUUUGAAAUUUUAUUUGCAAGUGAGACAGUUUCUGUAUUCUUUCAUAUAAAAAGUUUGUUUUAUGUAUUAAUUUGUGUGCAUUAUGAUACUCUGAGUUCUAAGCAGUGAACGUCACUAGCUUUGUUUCCAGUGCAGAAAUGUUACUUGGUUUGAUUGUCUAAUAGUGGUAAUGUAUUGCAAAUAUAAGUAUAUAUUUAAAAGGUGAGUUACUAUGCUGGCAUAUGUGCUUGCCAUUUUUUUUUUAAACUUUUCAGAUUUUGAUACUCAUAUGCUGCUCUUUUAAGGGAAGUAGUACGUAAUUAUGUAGCAGACAUAGCACGGUAGUGACUACGCAUUUGCUUGAAUAACACUGGAGGUAAUUAGACACAAGUCGUAUCUUCUGAAAAUGUUUAUUUGUCGUGAAAUGAUUGCUGUACCGACGUGCGCAAAUGGUAUCCUGAGUAUAUAGUUUGAUGAUAUUAAUGCUUUUGUUUGUGAUGUCAAUAGUGAUGCUGAAAUUCAAACAAGAUGUUGUAGUGUGUGUAUGUGUGCGUGUUGGUUAUUCUUAUUUUGUACACUCCCAUUGUAUUGAGACGUAGCCCUUCAUAUCAUGGACCGAUAUUCAACAUGGCAUGUGGCAGGGGAAUUUAAUUUGUAAGAGCGAUCCUUUGAAUUUCACAAUUGCCGCUGGUUUAUUCUCUCGGGCUUGGGGUGUCAAAAUUGUGCAAGUGUGUUUGCACAUGUAACAGUUGCUAUCGUAUAAAGUUUUUUUUAAAUUUAAAUACUGUGAAACAACCAACUGAUUUGUAGGCAGUUAAUUAGAGGCAACCUGUUCUUGAGUAGAUAGGUGGCUUUUGUUUAUGAGAUAGUAGUUUUUAAUUGCCAAAUCUUUUCUCUCACUGAUUUCCUAUUGCCGGUUUAAACAUAGUAUGUCAUAUUUGGAAUUGCAUGUUGAGCAUGUUUCGUGUCGUGGGGUAUCCUCUUUAAUAAACAGGUAGUGAAGUUGUCAGAAACUUUGUAAAAAUAAAAAAGUUAGCAAUACAAAUUGUAAUUGGUUUUUCUUUAGACAACAAAUGUGUUACAUCUGCAUAAGAAACUAUUGAAACAUGAGCAUUUUCAUGUGUGAUUUUGAAAUAAUAUUUUUUGUAUGAAGUGGAUGUUUCACUGUUUGUGUUUGUGUGUGUUGACCAAAUAAAGUAUCUUUUGAAAAGUCAUCAAUGCUUAACUUGU